UGGUGAAAAACAUAAACUGGUUGAUCUCACUCAUUCAGUCCGCGUCUUUCCGACGGAACGCGACCCGGAGAACACGACUCAAAGCGGGGAACUAGUUCGCACCAUGGACGUUCUAAUGCCCUCCAUUCUAGAGGGUGAUCCACAUCUCAUGGCUGAGCCAACAGUCCAGAUCUUUGAGCAACCCAAGCAGAGGGGGAUGCGCUUCCGGUACAAAUGUGAGGGUCGCUCUGCCGGGAGCAUCCCCGGCGAAAAGAGCUCCGACAACAACAGGACUUACCCCAGCCUGCAGAUCCUGAACUACUGCGGCAAGGGGAAGGUCCGCGUCUACCUGGUGACGAAGAACGAACCAUACCGUCCGCAUCCGCACGACCUGGUGGGGAAGGACUGCAAAGACGGGUUCUAUGAGGCCGAGUUCGGCCCCGACCGCAGAGUGAUAGCUUUCCAGAAUCUGGGCAUCCAGUGCGUGAGGAGAAGGGAAGUAAAGGACGCCAUCCUUCAGAGGAUCACCAGAGGGAUCAACCCCUUCAACGUGCCCAAAGAGCAGCUGAUGCAGACGGAGGAGUACGACCUGAACGUCGUCCGCCUGUGCAUCCAAGUUUUCCUGCAGGACGAAACCGGCCACUACACCCGAAGACUCAACCCCAUUGUCACCAACCCAAUCUAUGACAACCGGGCCCCAAACACAGCUGAGCUGCGGAUUUGUCGGGUCAACAGGAACAGUGGAAGUGUUAAAGGAGGUGACGAGAUCUUCCUCCUGUGUGACAAAGUACAAAAAGAUGACAUCGAGGUGAGAUUUUUCUCCUCCAACGGAUGGGAGGCCAGAGGUUCUUUUUCCCAAGCCGACGUUCAUCGUCAAGUGGCGAUCGUGUUCAAGACGCCGCCGUACUUCCACACCAACAUAACCGAGUCGGUCACCGUGCACAUGCAGCUGCGCCGGCCCUCCGACCAGGAAGUCAGCGAACCAAUGGAUUUCAGAUAUCUGCCCGAAAACAAAGACCCCUACGGCUACAAUGAGAAAAAACGCAAAAUAGAGGAUUUGUUUAAGAGAUCGGGACUCACAGGUAGUUCGUUGGCUGGUUUUCAAAUGCCCAGGCCAAAGGCUGUUCCUCACAGCCAAAUGGCUCACACGAGGAAAGACCACAGUGGCAUGUACCUGAGGCAGACUGCGGCGUCCAUGGCCCAGCAGACUCCAGUAUUUAACCCGACCUACCAACCGCCAGCCCAGGCCACCGGCGCCAUGAUGACAUCACAGGCUCAUAACGUACAGCUCAGUAAUCAGUGGGUCAAUCCGGCCUCCCCCAUGAUGGAAACGGUCACUAUUAACCCAUCGGUAUCCAUUGGCAACCACCCAAACAGCAGCAGGCCACACCAUCCGAGUCGUGGAACUGGUUACCAGCACAAACUGGACCCGGGCAGCUGUGAGAACAAUGUCCUCCCUCAGCUCUCCAUGAGGGAUCUGCAGUGUUUGGACACGGUCGUUCCGGGGAAUAUGAUGAACCCGUCCGAAUCCCAGCUGCUGUUCCAGCAGCAGCAUCAAAGAGACGAUCUGAACUCUGAUUCCCAGAACCAAAUGGCCAACCAGAGUCAAGGUCUCCAGAACAUAUGGCAAGGCUUCGGUACCGUCCCACACGCCCACAACAACACCAGCAACUAUAACGGAUCAGUACCGGCAGACGGGUCCCAAGGCCUGGGCUCUUUCCCCUUCCUAGAGGGAAUGGCGAGUGAGGAUUUCCUGAAGGGUCUUGUUGGAGGGCCCGUCUUCCAGUGUAAGCAGGAGCCUCAGGUUUCUGUCGGACAAGAUGGCGGCAGCCCUCUGAUGCAAUCCCAAAGAGAGAGCCAGGAAAAUACGUACACCAACCUGCUGCCUCGCCCCUUGAGCAACUGUGCCAACGUGGAUCCGAGGCGGCACGACGUCGGCGGCGUCACCCAGCCGCUCGCGAAUCUCCCUUUUGGGAUGGUGCCGGAGGUCCGCUUCGCAAAUCUGUCCGACUGGGCCAAAUCUUCUCCGCAGGGUAAAUAAG